AUGGCGGGGGCGGCGCAGGUCAAGAUCUUCUUCGGGUCGCAGUCUGGCACCGCCGAGUCCUUCUCCGAGGAGCUGCGGGACGAGGCCGUGCAGCAGGGCAUAGAUGCCGAGGUUGUGGACAUGAUCGGGUUCACGCCAGAGAGCUUCGCCGCCGUGAAGAUCGCCGUGCUGGUGGUUUCCACCUACGGCGAGGGCGAGCCCACGGACAACGCUGCGCAGUUCCACAAAUGGGCGAUGGACCCUCGGAACGACGGGGCGCUCAAGGGCCAGCGCUUCACGGUCAUGGGCCUUGGCGACAUGAAUUAUUCGAGGUUCAACAACAUGGGCAUGGAGUGUGACCAGUUCCUCGAGAGGUUGGGGGGCCUGCGCUUUUACCCUCGUGGCAUCGGAGACGACAGCCAGGAUAUCGCCGACGACUUCCAGAAGUGGAAAAACGGCGGUCUCUGGGCGGCUCUGAAGAGGACAGUGGCAGAAGUCUUGCAGGAGGUCGCCUCUGGCGGUGGCGGCUACCCCGUUGGGCCGACGGCGACAGCUGUUCAGGCACCUGUGGCCCCGCCAAAGUUCCAGGUCACAGUCUUCUUCGGCCAUGACGCGGAGGCAGACGGAGCCGCCAAGGACGUCUGCGAGGCCGUGGUCGAGCUCCUGAAGAAGGAGGAUCUGUGCGUGGCCGGCGUCCACAGCCUGUCCGACCGCAAGUCGAUCGAAGUAGUGCGAAAGCUGCCCAAACAAUCCUUGUCGUUGCUGAUUGUGGACUGCGGCCCAGACGGACCCUGCGCGGCCGGGCGCAAGCUUGCCCGGAACAUGAACCUGGAGUUCGACUCCCACGCCCUGGCCGACAAGGACCUGAGAUACGCGUGCUUGACGGUCGCGAGCUCGAAGUGCAACAACAGCGCAGCUUCGAUGAAGGAUCAGAUCAGGCAGGCUGCCGAGAGCGUCCCGAAGGCGCUCGACCGGGCCGGCCUGAAGCCGAUCGAGGACAGAAAGCGCGUCUACCUCGACGCCGGCGUGGAGGACGUCUCCGCCGCGGCGGCGGAGCUCUGCGGCGUCGUGGCGUGCUGCGCCGCGGCGGCCGUGCCGCCCAAGGCUGCGGCGGCGGCGGGCGGCGCGGCGCCGCCAGGCGCUCCGAAGGCCCUCAUCCUGACCGCCGGCGGCGGCGAGGCCAAGGAGGCGGGCGAGGCGCUGGCCGCCGCCUGGCCCGGCGGCGCCGGCGUGGAGGACGCCUCGCUGGCGUCGCUGGCCGCGGCGGCGAAGGGCAGGGCGCAGGUGGUGCUGGCCGUGGAGUGCGCGGCGAGCGGCGACCUCAGCGACGAGGCGCGCGGGCUGCUGGUGCAGCUGAACGCGGCGCCCGUCGUGGUGAAGCAGCAGCUGCGGCAGCUGGGCUUCGCGGCGCUGGCCAUCGCCGCGACCGACUACGGCAACGCGGGCGAGCGCGCCUCGGCGCGCGGCGCGGUCGCGGAGCUGACGCAGCAGGCGGCCCCCGUGGUGGACGCGCUGACGAGGCUGGGCUCCACGUGCGUGGCCGCCACGUCGGCCGACCUCCAGGACUCGGACGCCGCGGCCAUGGCGACCAUCUGCGGCACGUUCCAGAAGGCGUUCGCCGCCAAGGCCGCGGGCGCGGGCGCCGCCGUCAACGGCGCGCCAGCGGGGCCCGGCGGCGGCGCGGCGGGCAUGGGGACCCCGGUGCUCAGGAUGGCCGCGGCCACGUCCGACCUGCCGCAGGAGGCCCCCGGGGAGGCCGCGGACGUCCUGUCGCGGUUCUACUUCGAGGCCGAGCGGACCAAGGUGCUCAGGGUCCGGGAGCUGCGGCAGAGCCCCAACGUUGCCGGGGGCCUCGCCACCGCCGAGGUGGAGGUGGAGGCGGUCGGCGCGCUCAAGAGCUAUACGCUCGGCGGCACGCUGUCCGUGCUGCCCGAGAGCGACCCAGCGGACGUGGCCGCGUCGCUGAAGCUUAUGGGUCUGGCCGAGGCAGACUUGGACAAGUCGGUCACGUUCGUCGCGGCCGAGGGCCCUGGCAUCAAGAUCAAGAAGCCAUUCCCGACGCCUUGCACUCUUCGUGAGGCCUUGGCGCGCUACUGCGACCUUGCGCGCGCUCCGACCAAGAAGAUGCUGUCGGCGGUGCAGCCGACGCUCAAGGACCCAGCUGCUCGUGACAGGCUGGGCAAGCUGCUCGCCGACGCCGACGCCGUCAAAGCACUUGGCGCCGCUCCGCUCUGCUGCCGCAUGCACGAGUUUUGGUCCAUGCUGGGCAUCGCCUCCAUAGACGCCAGCGAAUUCCUGCUGCACUGCCCGCGGCAGAAGGCCCGCGAGUUUACGAUCGCCUCGUCCCCCAAGGCGUUUCCAGACAAAAUCGCGCUGUGUGUGAGCCUCACCAGCCACGAGCCAGGCGCCCUUUCGCAGCUGGCCGAGCAGCUCAAGGCCAUCGGGUGCCUGGCCGACGGCGCGGUCCCGGAGAGCCGCCCGCGCUUCUUCGGCAGCUGCUCCGGCUUCAUUACCACCAGGAUGAAGCCUGGCACCACGGUGCUCGCCAAGUUCCGCCCCUCUGCCUUCCACCUGCCGGAGAAGGACGUCCCGGUGAUCAUGGUCGGCGCGGGGGCCGGCGUGGCGCCUUUCCGCGGGUUCUGGGAGGAGCUCCGGCGCGGGAAGCAGGCGGCCCCGGCGGCCCUCUUCUUCGGCUGCCGGCACCCCGACGAGGACCCAAAGAAGCUGAAGGUCGAGGCGUCCGGGAGGAUCGAGGAGAUGUUCGAGAGCCUGACUUUGAAGAUCGACAGCCUCACCACGAAGGUUGACUUCAACAUCACGACCGCUCAGGACUGGCUCUUCAAAGACGAGAUGAACGCGGCGGUCAAGAAGCAGGCGGCCGGUUGCGCGGCGCUCCAGCGUGUGCAGCCGACCUCCGGGGACCGCGGCUUCUGGCAGCUGGAGGGGUUCCGGCAGGCGGGGCAGGCCUCGCGUGAGCCGGCCGAGGCCAAGCCGGCCGCCAAGACGGAGGCAAAGGCCACGGCGGAGGCCAAGGCCAAGGCGGCCAGGCCGCCUCUCGGGGCGGGCGCGGCAGGGCAGCAUGCGGCCCCGGGCGGGGAGCUGGGAGCCGAGCGGCCUGCGGCGCGACGGCAGCAGCCGGCACGCUGA